UUUCCAACAGGCACUUGCUUCCAACUUUUUUCCAUCCAAAUCAUCUUUUUCAUAUCUUCAAAAUUGUCCUUUUCCUUUGGCUUGUUUUCUUUCUUUUCAAUUUUUGAGGAAAUUUUAGUAGUUGAUGGAAUUACAAAUGUUUUGUUGUUUGUUGGGCUACACAGUGUUAUAUUUGUUUGUACUGGGAUUGUCCAAACCGCUUUGUUUAUUUGUUUCUAGGAAAUAUAAAAAUGUUUUCCCGGAAAUAUUAACAUAUUUAUUUGUGUUUUCCGGAAAUUUAUAUUUUUCCGGAAUUAUUUAUUUAUUCAUGUUUCCGGAAAUUAUAUUUUCCGGAAUUAUUACAUAUUUAUUUGUGUUUUCCGAAAAUUUAUAUUUUUCCGGAAUCAUUUACUUAUAUCUGAUUUUUCCGGAAAUCUAUAUUUUCCGGAAUUGUUUAUUUAUUCAUUUGUUUCCGGAAAUUUAUAUUUUCCGGAAUUAG